CACUUGCAUGUGUUGCGGACUGCGGUGCAUUUCGGCGCAAGGGGUGACCAUUAAGCUCACAAUCAGUGGCGGAGAACAUAAAUAAAAUUCGCACCGCCCAUGCCGGUUUCAAUAUAUAAAUAAAAGCCGAUCGCAGUUCGCAGGUUGUUUGCCGCUGAAGAGAUGAAAGCGCAAGAAGAGUCGUACGCAAUGCUGAGCCACUCGUCCCGGCGGAUCAAGUUGGUGCUGUCCAUCCUGGUGGUGGUCAUCGUCUUCCUGUCGUUUCCCCCAUUGUGCCAGAGCCACGAGCACCUCGAGCCACCCGCCUACCGCUACUCUCGAGAGGCCAACGUCAAGCAGCACGACGCCGGCGGACACUCUCAUGGACACGGACAUGCCCACGGUGCUGGACACGGACACGCCCAUGACCACGGACAUGGGCACGCUCAUGGACAUUCACAUGACCACGAGGAAGAAGAGCCGAUGGAACACAGAGGCGAAGGAGAAGCGGCGCCGCCGAGGGACUACUCAGUCUGGGUCGAGGCUAUCGGCGCCACCCUGCUCAUCAGCGCCGCCCCCUUCUUCAUCCUCUUCCUCGUCCCCUUGGAUAACUCCAAAGAAAGAGAGCCUCUCCUGAAGGUUCUGUUGGCUUUUGCGUCCGGAGGGUUGUUGGGCGACGCCUUCCUGCACCUCAUCCCGCACGCCUUGAUGGCGCAAAGUGAGAUUGAGACGGCGCCCCACUCGCACUCACACUCGCAUGUGCAGAACAAGCACAACCACGUUGGCGACGCUGAAGGAGAGGCCCAUGGGCAUGACAUGAGUGUUGGUCUGUGGGUCCUCUUUGGCAUCGUCACUUUCCUGCUUGUAGAGAAGUUUGUCCGACUUGUCAAGGACGACGACCACGGACACUCGCACGGACAGCCUUCGGCAGCCAAGAAGGAGAAGAAGUCGGACAAAGAAGAGUCCGAGGAGGAGGAUGAAGGAAAAGGCAAAAAGACCAAAAAGAAGAAGGCAAAGGAGGCAAAGAAAGAAGAGCCGGAGAGAGAUAUAAAAGUAGCCGGGUACUUAAAUUUGGCUGCCGACUUCACGCACAACUUCACUGACGGCCUUGCCAUUGGCGCAUCCUUUUUGGCAGGUCGAGGAAUUGGCGCCGUCACCACUGCGACCAUUCUGCUACACGAAGUGCCUCACGAAAUUGGAGACUUUGCCAUUCUCAUUCAGUCUGGCUGCAGCAGGAAAAAGGCCAUGUAUUUACAACUGACGACUGCUGUUGGAGCCGUCACUGGAACCCUUGUCUCUCUAUUAGCUGACGGAAUUGGUGGAGCGGCAACGCACUGGAUUCUGCCGUUCACAGCAGGAGGCUUCAUUUACAUAGCCACCGUCUCUGUGAUCCCUGAACUGCUCGUGAACACCCGCUUCGGACAAUCAGUCAAGGAGAUUAUUGCCCUGCUUGUGGGUGUUUACAUGAUGGUCCUCAUUGCGGACUACGAGUGAACUGUUAAUUUUUUUUUCCAUAAAUCAUGUAUUAAUUGUUCAGUUAAAUCUAUAUAUUUAAUAUUAAUAUAUGGAAUGGCUCGAAAGGAAUUCUAUUUUUGUUUGAAUCACAUGGAAAUAAAGUACCAGAGGAUUAACUUCAAUUUUUAAUUGGAA